AUGUUAAGUGCACUUUUAAAGGAUACGGAAGCCAAAACGACCGUAGCGAUUCCGAUGAAACUCCGAAAAUUGGGCAAUGCUUAUUGCGCCACAAUCCUGCCAAUUUGUACCGAUAUCCGUUCGUAUGUUACUGCUCCAUCAAAGACAACGAUGGCAUCUGCAACUUUGGUUCAACCUAGCGGUGAAAUAUGGAAGAAGAUCAGAGUAGAACUGAACGAGGACGUGAACACAAGGGAUCGAGAUUUGGAGCAUAUGAAAGAGUGGCUCAGGAAGCAGCCUCAUUUACCUGAUGAAUGGGAUGAAGGUCGCAUGAUGACGUUCCUUCGUGGUUGCAGCUUCUCCUUAGAGAAAUGCAAGAGGAAAAUGGACAUGUACUUCACAAUGAGAGCCGCGUGUCCUGAGUUCUUUACAAAUAGAGAUGUUAAACGUCCAGAACUUGUGGACCUUAUGUCAAGGGCACAAGGACCACCAUUACCUGGAUUGACUCCCAAUGGACGUCGAGUUACUGUAUGCAGAGGACUUGACAAGAAUCUCGACAUGAACCAACUGAAUGACGCUUUCAAAGUUGCUCUAAUGAUCGGAGAUGUUCGGCUCAAGGAGGAAAUAGAAGGAGUCGGUGGUGAUAUCUACAUCCUGGAUGCUUCCAUCGUCAGCCCGAGUCAUCUAGCCAAAAUCUCUCCGACCGCUGUUAAGAAGUUCCUUAUAUGUGUACAGGAAGCCUACCCAGUAAAAUUGAAGGAAGUACAUGUAGUAAACACUUCGCCAGUUAUUGAGAAAAUCGUCAACUUUGUGAAACCUUUUCUAAAGGAGAAAAUUAAAAACAGGAUAUUUAUCCACUCAGACAUAAAUGAACUCUACAACUAUGUGCCAAAGGAAAUGCUGCCAGAAGAAUAUGGUGGUAACGGUGGAUCCCUUUCCGACAUAAAUGAAGCCUGGAUGAAGAAACUUGAAGAAUACACAGAGUGGUUCAAAGCUGAGGAAUCAAUAACAGCAAAUGAAAGCUUGAGACCUGGAAAACCAACUAACUAUGACGAGCUAUUCGGAAUCGACGGAUCCUUCAGGCAGCUCUCGAUAGAUUGA